AGCCAUGAACGAAUCCAGGUGGACUGAAUGGAGCAUCUUGAACAUGAGCAGUGGCAUUGUGAAUGUGUCUGAACGUCACUCCUGCCCACUUGGAUUUGGCUACUACAGUGCAGUGGAUGUGUGCAUCUUUGAGACUGUUGUUAUUGUCUUGCUGACAUUUCUAAUCAUUGCCGGGAAUUUAACAGUCAUCUUUGUCUUUCACUGUGCUCCACUCCUGCACCAUUAUACCACCAGCUACUUUAUUCAGACAAUGGCAUAUGCUGAUCUUUUCGUUGGAGUGAGCUGCUUGGUUCCAACUCUCUCACUUCUCCACUACUCCACAGGUAUCCAUGAGUCACUGACCUGCCAGGUUUUCGGAUAUAUCAUCUCCGUUCUAAAGAGUGUUUCUAUGGCAUGUCUUGCUUGCAUAAGUGUGGACCGCUAUCUGGCAAUAACCAAGCCUCUUUCCUACAAUCAACUGGUCACCCCCUGUCGCCUGAGAAUUUGCAUUAUUUUAAUCUGGAUCUACUCUUGCCUAAUUUUCUUGCCUUCCUUUUUUGGCUGGGGGAAACCAGGGUACCAUGGUGACAUCUUUGAAUGGUGUGCCACCUCUUGGCUCACCAGUGCCUAUUUUACUGGCUUUAUUGUUUGUUUACUUUAUGCUCCUGCUGCCUUUGUUGUCUGCUUCACUUACUUCCAUAUUUUUAAAAUUUGCCGGCAGCACACCAAAGAGAUAAAUGACCGGAGGGCCCGAUUUCCCAGCCAUGAGGUGGAUGCCUCUGGAGAGACUGGACACAGCCCCGACCGUCGUUACGCCAUGGUUUUGUUUCGGAUAACCAGUGUGUUUUACAUGCUGUGGCUCCCUUACAUAAUUUACUUUCUUCUAGAAAGCUCCCGGGUCUUGGACAAUCCAACGCUGUCCUUCCUAACAACCUGGCUUGCUAUAAGUAAUAGUUUUUGUAACUGUGUGAUCUAUAGCCUUUCCAACAGUGUUUUCCAGCUAGGCCUCCGAAGACUGUCCGAGACAAUGUGCACAUCUUGUAUGUGUGUGAAGGAUCAGGAAGCUCGAGACCCCAAACCUAGGAAAAGGGCUAAUUCCUGCUCCAUUUGAAGAGAACUAUAUAGAAAUCAAAUGUAAUCCGAAAGGGGUUUUGGAUUGUAUUCUAGAUUCAUUUGCCACUAGAGAAAUAUUUACUUGAAUAGUUGACUAUGAGAUGGAGAGACGAGAGGUUUCUUUUUUUUCCCUCUUUUUCCACGGUGGUGGUGGGGGGAACUAGAGAAAAGAAUGUAUAGAGGGCAAUCUCAUGAGAUAAUUAUAGUGUGUGAAUAUAAAUGUACAGUAAUAGCAAAAUUAAGCCCUGAGGAUGAAAAAAAUAUUGAAAACAGUAUCUCAGAUCUUCCACAGGACAUGAGCAAAGCCCCUCGGCAUCUCUGUCUUCUCUGACUGAGCUCUCCCCUCUGUCUUAGCCUCUCAUUCCGUCUGUCGAUGUCUCUCUCGUCUCUUUGUGUUUGUGGAAGUUACUUACAUAAAUUGCCCUUUAUGGGAAAAUGCUACAUAUUAUAUAUGUGGCAAUGUACAUUUUUUUUUUUUUGCAUCAAAGCAUACUUUUACAUACGAAUCUACAAUCUAUAAGUGGUUUCUCCAUGAAGGAUGCGUAGUAAGCAUUGUAUUUUAUUACCUACCACAUAACCCUUUUGCUUGUGUUUUUAUACUAUCCGCAGCAUAAAAUUUCUGCUAUAAACAAAAAGAAACAGUAUUUUUGUUCCGGCUAAAAUUAUGCUUAGCCCCCACCCCCUUCUGACAGCCUGCUCUUUCUUUUUCUCUCCAUUUUUCUUGAUCUGCCUCCUUCAGUACCUUAAUCCAAAAGUGUCUUAGCUAAUAAAGAAUCUACCAUAUAAAACAAUCAUAAUGUUAAAUAAUGUAUUCCUUCCAACAAAGCAAUCUAUAGCUCAUUUCAGAUACUGUGUUAAAUAUUCUUAAUAGCUUUUGUAAACAUUUUUAUCUGGUUCCUUUUCAUUCAGUUCAUGUGCCCAAAGUGGUAUCUUUUUUUUUUUUUUUUUUUUUUUUUUGCUUUAAUAAAGCUUUGUUUUUCUUUAAGAAAAUCCACAAACAAUUCUAAUGCAGACGCAUAGUAUUCACCAGAAGUGAGGUAUUGAUUGCCCUUCGGACCACACUCCAUGUGUCCCCCUUUUCUUUCCCCCUUAAGAGUAAAUAUUAAUCUUUUUGUGUUAGGUCUACAAAGCUUAGUGUUGCGUCCACCAAUCAUUUGUAUGAUAUGCAUUUGCAUAUACUAUAUUUUUUACAACAAAGAAAAUGUAAAUUAUAUCAUGUGAUCUGUGCCUAAUGUUUUCUUAGCACAAUAUAUAGAUCAAUGUUGCUUAAGUCAUCAACAUUGGAAAAAAUAUACAAAAACUUCUUUGAAGAGAAAAUUACUUUUGUGUAGUUGUUAUUUAGAUAUUUAUAUUAGACCAAGCUGCAUUCUUAGUACUGCUGAGAAUAUGAUAUACUUAAUUAUCAAAUACAGGUAAGAGCUGUCAGUAUUUUCUUUUGUAAUGAUCUGUUUUCAUACGCAAAGAUUAAAUUAACUUAUUUUUUAGUGUGCUACAUGGACUUGUAUAAUAAAUUAUCAGGGGUUUAGAUGUAGCAAAAGGGCAUUUGGGGAAUUAGUAGUGAAGCAGGUGUGAGUGGUAAAACAUCUGAAUCUUACUUUUUUACUAUAAGUUUCCUGCCUGACAGAUAUUUUAAAGUUUAUAUCAAACUACUGAGUAUUUUUCUUCUCAGUAUUUUGAUUUCUUUGUUUUAUGAAAUGCAUUUAAUGAAAUGUGCCUAUGACUUCAAAUUGGAAGCCAACUGUGUUUGCACACUAGUGGUUUGACUUCAGAGGUCCUUUAAUAGAAAAUGUCAUCAUUUUAUUGAGGUUGUUCUGAACCCAUGUAUAUUUUUAAACAUGUAAGAAAGGUUUAAAAUAAAGAAUAAAAUAGUAUUCUAUAUAUCAAAAUCAGACUUUGUUUCAGUUUAAUGAACACUCGCUUAGAAUAAGACUUUGCUUGUUUGGGAAUCAAAAUUUAAUUGUUUCACAUUUCUGUGAUUUGGAUUUUGUAUAUUCUUAUUUCUGUUUGCCAGUGACAUCUUGGAUAAGUUGAGAUGAGCCUUUUAGGUUCAGACCAGUUCAAGAAAAACAAAAUUCAAGAAAGUAUAAUACUUCUGACUUUUCAGCUGUCACAAAUAAAGUCUUCAACAUGAUAUGCAUUAUUUGGUAAUCAUAUUUUUAUUCCUUUAGUUUGGUCUGUAAAUAUACUUAGAAAGGAUUCAGUAGGUGUCUGUAGAGGAAACCUGAGGUUGUGUUUAUUGCAUUUUCCUCUUCUGGCUUUUCCUUUUGAUAAUUAAUAACAAUAUGUGUCCAGUUUUAACAGUGUUAAGUUGUACAUAUAACAUUUAAUCCUCAUUAUACUAACCCUUUCAGAUAGGUACUGUUAUUAUUCUUACCCUAGAGAUGAGCAAACUAAAGAAGGGUGACUAAUGCCAGGUCACUUGGUUAGUCCCUAACGGAGGUUCAUUCACACUCAGCUGGGUUGGAGCCAAAGCCUGUGCAUUGAACCACUGUGCUGUACUGCUUUUUUCUUUUCUUUUUUCUCCUUUUCUCUUCUCUUCUUUUCUUUCUUUCUUCUCUUUCUUUUUCUAUUUCUCUCUUCCUUCCUUCCUUCCUUACUCCCUCCCUCCCUUUCUUUUCUUUCUUUCUCUUCCUCAAAAGCUUUCACACCUUUGUACCUCUCUCUGUCUGUACCUUGUCCUUACAAAAUUUCUCUGAGUUUUCUUUUUCCUUGCCUAAAUCUUUUGCUUUAGUCCUUUCCAUGUUUUGUGAUAUCAUUUCCCUUGAUCUUACACAUUUCUUUUAUUAAAAUACCAAUCUAGUAGGCCCAAACUUGCCAGUUUACUCUAUCAUCAAACUGAAGCCCCAGGACAGAGCAUUUCCUUGACAUUGCCUUUAUUCACAUUUGUUGAGUUUUUGUUGAAUAGUUUCUUCAGAUCUCUAUAAAUUUCUUAUAGGAAAAAAAAAUGUUUGGUGAAGGAGAGUAGAGAAGGAAAGCUUUACUGUGAGCUACAAGGCUUACAGUAAAGGCAAGUUCUGGAUUUAGAGUUUUCAUUUUUUAUCAUGUUUUGCAUGCAACUCGAAGGCAAGCCACUUAACUUCCUUUUGACAUAUUUUAACGUGUUUAUAUAAUAAGAUAAUACUUAUUUUGAAGCUACUCUUUUUUAGAUUAAUGUGUUUUAAAAAUAGAAAGUGUAACCAUUAUUCUCAUCAUUAUACUGUAUUCGGUGGUAAUUAUCCAAUUCGGUUCUAAGUGACAGCCAAACAGUAACGCUGUAGUUGAUUACUGGUAAUUCUAUUAUCUGUAGAGCCAUUUUUUUAAAAAAAGAUUUUAUUUAUUUGACAGAGAGAGAUCACAAGUAGGCAGAGAGGCAGGUGGGGGGAGGGGGGAAGCAGGCUCCCUGCUGAACAGAGAGAGUCUGAUGGAGGCCUCGAUUCCAGGACCCCAAGAUCAUGACCUGAGCUGAAGGCAGAGUCUUAACCCACUGUGCCACCCAGGCACCCCCUGGGGAGCCAUUUCUAAAGUUACAUAGUGUUGGAAGCCUUUAUAACCCAUGUGUAUGAAAUCUGGACUGAAAUCCUGGCCUGCAGAAGCCGUUUGGCCCUAGGUAAGCUACCAGGUCCUCAGUUUUCUCAUCACUAAAAUCCAGAGACUUAUACCUUACUGUUAACGCUGGAUUUGAGGACUGAACAAGGUAAUGUAGUCUAUGUGCCCAGCAGGCUCCUUGCUCAUAAAAAACGUUCAGAAUGUGAGCUCCUUGUUUCAUUGUGGCUGCCAUAUUUAUUGCCAUCACAAUUCAAAGAUCACUAAUUCCAAUUUAAGAAACUUACAUUUUAUAACAGAAUUAAUCCAUUGAGUUUAAGAGUUUCCUGAAAUGGCAUUUUUUAAAUCUGUUUAAACUCAGAUUUUGGCUUAAAUUCAAAUUUUUUUAUAUAGAGAGAGCUUCCAUAAUUUCUGAAAGCUCAUUUUCCAGGAAUGUUAUUCAUGAAGACAUUUGAGAUGAAGGAUAAAUUAGCAAGCAGUUGUUGGGAAGAUUCUGAGAUUGACUUACCUUCUUACCUGAUUGUAUUAAAAGAUGCCUAAACAUUUUUCUUUUGUCAGGUUGGCAGUAGUAGGAACAGAUUGUUCAGGAAUGUUUUGCCAUUUGUCUUUACACUUUCGUUUUCUUGACUUACUGAAAUGGAAUCUAAGUAUUUUGUUAUAUACAUGUUACCUGGAAGAUACAAAGAUGAACCAGCAGGUUCCUUGUACAUAUAGCACUGAUUCAUAAGUUUAGAAAUAAAUGAAGUUGUUGCCUUAAAGGACUUUCUUCUGUCUCUUUCCACCCUGGGAGGUGAUCAUUAGAGAUGAAAAAGAUGUAAGUGUGCGGUAAGUAAAGGAGGUUAAGGUGUGAAGAAUUUGCUAGUACAGUGUGUUUAGGUUGGGCCAUCACAGUGCACAGGAGCUUGUGUUACUGAGUUGAUGUGAUAUUCAGAUGUGUAGAUUUCAACAGGUGCUCUUCUCCCUGAACAAAACUUUUUUUUUUUUGGAUUAAGAAGAAUAUGUAGAAAAUGGCAUACUCUACAACCAAAUAUGUAGACACUGAGGAAAACUAAAAUGCUUAGAAAAGAAAAAACAACAACAACAAAAAAAACAGAUCCCCUUUUCAUUGUUUCUCGUAAAUGGGUUUAUCCAGUGCUAGUUUUGCUCUAUUAAUUUAAAAUACUCAUAACCUUGUUUAAUAGUAUAAAUGGUUGUGUCUUAAAAUAUUAAAAGUGAUGUGAUUGGCUCUUCUUUAUUCAUGUCCUGUUUAAUUUUUUUUUUUUUUUUUUAGAACGAACAAUUACUUCUUUUUAUAGUCAGAAAAAGAAAAAUUGUUCUGUUAAAAGAACACUGAGGGGUGCCUGGGUGGCUCAGUUGGUGAUGUGCUUCUGGCUUAGGUCGUGAUCGCAGGGUCCUGGUAUUGAGCCCAUACUGGACUCCCUGCCCAGUGGGGAGUCUGCUUCUCCCUCUCCAUCUGCCCCUCUCCCCCACUUGUGCUCUCUCUGUCUCUCUCAAUAAAAUAAAUAAAAAUAUUUAAAAAGAAUGUUGGAAAGAAAAGAAUGCUAUUUUUAAAAUAUUUUGAAGGGCACCUAGGGUUAAACGUCAGACUCCUGAUUUUGGCUUGGGCUGUGAGACUGAGCCUCUGCGCUCAGCAUGGAGUCUGCUCAGGAUUCUUCCUCUCCCUCUGUCCCUUCCUCCACUCCUGUGCGCACUCCCUCUCUCAAAUAAGUAAACAAAUCUUUUUAAAAAAUUAAAAUAUUUCGACAUUUUGCAAAACAGUUUUUGUUGAUUCUACAAGUAGCAUUAUUCAAUUAUGUCUCAGAAUUUUUCUUUUGAAUCGAUAUAGUUUUCUUUUUUUUUUUAAUUCCAGCUAGUGAACACAUAGUAUCACAUUAGUUUCUGGUGCACAGUAUGGUGAUUCCGCAGUUUUAUAUGCCAUCCAGUGCUCAUCACAGAUGCACUCCUCAAUCCACACCAUGUACUUACCCCUCUUCUCUGUAACCGUCAGCUCUCUACGAUUAAGAGUCUGUUUCUGGAUUUGUCUCCCUCAUUUUCCCCCUUGGCUCAUUUCUUCUGUUUCUUAAGUUCUGCAUAUGAAUGAGAUCAUAUGGUGUUUUGUCUUUCUCUGACUUACUUUUGCUUAGCAUUGUACUCUCCAGCUUCACCUAUGUUGUUGCAAAUGACAGGAUUUCAUUCUUUUUAUGGCUGAAUAAUGUUCCAUUAUGUAUAAUAUUCCAUUAUAUGUAAUGGAAUAUAUAUGGGUGUAUAAAUAUACAUAAUCCCCUUCAUAUGUGUAUAUGUAUAUACAUAUAUAUAAUCUCCGUGUGUGUGUGUGUGUGUGUGUGUGUGUAAUCUCCUUCAUCCAUUCACUAAUCAGUGGACACUUGGGCUGCUUCCAUAUCUUGGAAUCUGUUGUAAUCUAUUGUAGACUAUGCUGCUAUGAACAUAGGGGUGCAUGUAUCCCUUUGAAUUAGUGUUUUUGCAUUCUUUGGGUAAAUACUCUGUAGUGCCAUUGCUGGAUCAUAAGGUAGCUCUACUUUUAACUUACACGAUGUUCUCUACAGUGGCUACACCAGUUUGCAUUCUCACCAACAGUGCAAGAAGGUUUCUUUUUCUCUACAUCCUCACCAACAUCUGUUGUUUUUUGUGUUAUUGAUUGUAGCCUUUUUGGCAGAUGUGAGGUGACAGCUCGUUGUAGUUUUGAUUUGCAUUUCCCUGAUGAUAGGUGAUGAUGAACAUCUUCCCAUGUGUUGGCCAUCUAGAUGUCUUCUUUGGAGAAAUGUCUGUUCAUGUCUUCUGCCCAUUUGUAACUGGAUUAUUUGUUUUUUAGGUGUUAUAUUAGUUCUUUAUAUAUUUUUGGAUACUAACCCUUUUAUCAGAUAUGUCAUUUGCAAAUACCUUCUUCCAUUUCAGGUUGUCUUUUAGUUUUGUUGAUUGUUUCUUUUGCUUUGUUGAAGUUUUUUAUUUUGAUGUAGGUCCAAUGAUUUAUUUUUAUUUUUAUUUUCUCUGCCUUGGGGACCUAGCUAGAAAAAAGUUGCUAUGGCCAGUGUCAGACAUAACUGCAUUUGUUCUCUUCUAGGAUUUUUUUUUUUUUUUUUUUUUUUUUUUUUGGUGUCAGGUCUCAUAUUUAGGUUUUUAAUCCAUUUUGAAUUUACUUUUGUGUAGGCUGUAAGAAAGUGGUCCAGUUUCAUUCUUUUGCAUGUUGCUGUCUAGUUUUCCCAACAUCAUUUGUUCAAGAGACUGUCUUUUUCCCUUUGGAUAGUCUUUCCUGCUUUGUCAAAGAUUAGUCGUAUAGUUGUGGGUUUAUUUCUGGGUUUUCUAUUCUAUGUUGUUUAUCUGUGUCUAUUUUUGUGCCCAUACUGUCCUGUUUUGAUUACCACAGUUUUGUAAUAUAACUAGAAGUCUAGAAUUGUAAUGCAUCUGGCUUUGCUUUUCUUUCUCAAGAUAGCUUUGACUUCAGGGUCUUUUGUGUUUCCAUACAAAUUUUAGAAUUGUUUGUUCUAGUUCUGUGAAAAAUACUCUUGGUAUUUCGAAGGGAUUGCAUUAAAUGCAAAGAUUGCUUUGGAUAGUGUAGACAUUUUAACAAUAUUUGUUUUUCUAAUCCAUGAGCAUGGAAUGUCUUUCCAUUUCUUUAAGAUAGUCUAUAUAGUUUUCUGAUUUCUGUAGUAUUUACUUCAGAGUAAAUUUUCUGAGAAAUUUGAUUCAAUAUUCGAUAUUCUUGAAUUGUUUUUGCUUUAACACAGUGAAUACAAAUGUAUCUGUGAAUACAGUACAGACUAAUGCAGUGAAUGCAUUGCAGCAAGAAAUGACUAGUGCACUUGUCUGAGGUUAUACCAGACAUAAAUAGUUGUUCAUGUAUAAACUCUGUAAAAUAAAACUGUAAAACUUUACUUGAGUUCCUAAGAGAGUUUCAAGUUUAAAAUAGGUAUUGUUAGAUUAUACAUUUUAUACUAAUAGCCUUUUCAUAGUUAUUUUCUUUACUCUUUCUGGAAUUUUACAAUUAAAAAUAUUAAAUUGGUAAAAUUGAUAUUAUAAGUGACAGAUUUGGGGAAGAUUAAAAGAAUUUCUGAAAAAGCAGGUAAAAAAUCCUAAACAUCCUUGUUUAACUUUUAAGAUAUUUAAAUUUAAUUUAAGUUAAAUUAUAUUUACAUUUUUCUUAUACUUAUUAUUUGGUCAAGGAAAGGAUGAUUCAUAUUUUGGUUUUUGGAAUUGCUUGAAGUUACCAAUUUUAAAAUAGAUCGUAAUUUCCUGUUUGUAAGAAAAUAACUUCUGUAUAAUGUAUACCUAGGUUUAGAUAUAAUUUGUAUUGAAAUUUAAAAUUACAGUGAGAUAGACAUUCAGUUUUUUUUUUCCUCAUUUCUACAAAGAUCUUUAAACUUUACUGGAUUUCUAGGUAUUUUUAUUUGUAAAGAAAUCUGGAAAAGUACAUUUUGAGGAUUUAUAUUUAUGAUGUCAUGUUACUAAGAGGGUCUUGUGAUAGCUUCUGUUAUUUCAGUCAUCAGUUUCAUGUAUCAGCUCUUUUUCUAGAUAUGAUUUAAUAUUUAACAAUUGAACAGACUUAAAAUUAGAGGACUAUGUUGGGAUUUACUUUUAUAAAUUUUGAAGUCCAGGACAUCCAUUGGUAGCAUAGGGACAAAUAAAGUGAGGUAGGGGGCAGGGGGUUGUUGCUUUUAUCACAUUAUAAACUUAGGGGGGAAAAUUCUGGCAUUUUUGGUGUGUAGUCGUUGUUGUAUAUUUAAUUACUUUUGCAAUAAUUCAAUGCACACAUCUUCUAUAGAAGAUAUAUUAAGAUUUGAAGCCUCAUUCUUGACCAAGAUCACCAUGAUGUCCCAGUUUGGAAUAUUACUUGGGAUAUCUUCAAAUGAUUCAGUGUACCAUGAGGAAAAUGGAGACACAUGUGUGCUUCUCCUAUCAAAUUUGAGUUUUAAAAAAUUAUUAGAAAAGUUCAAGUAGGGGUGCCUGGGUGGCUCAGUGGGUUAAAGCCUCUGCCUUCGGCUCAGGUCAUGAUCUCAGGGUCCUGGGAUCGAGUCCCACAUUGGGCUUUCUGCUCAGCAGGGAGCCUGCUUCCUCCUCUCUCUGUCUGCCUGCUUGGUCUCUCUCUGUCAAAUAAAUAAAUAAAAUCUUUUUAAAAAUAUUAAAAAAAAAAAAAGAAAAGUUCAUGUAAAAAUUUGAAAAGAACUUAAAGUGCUUUUUGAACAUAUGUAAUAAAUGCCCUUGACAUUAUGAAUUAGGUGUAUUCUAAAAGCUUUGGUGAGUAGGCACUAUCUCAUUUCACAUACAGAUAUCUGAGAUAAGAUUUUUUUUUUUAAAGAUUUUAUUUAUUUGACAGAGAUCACAAGUAGGCAGAGAGGCAGGCAGAGAGAGGAGGAAGCAGGCUCCCCGCUGAGCAGAGAGCCCGAUUCGGGGCUUGAUCCGAGGACACUGGGAUCAUGACCUGAGCCGAAGGCAGAGGCUUUAACCCACUGAGCCACCCAGGUGCCCC